AUGUCUGACCACGACUCGGAGAAACACGAAGCCCACAAGGAGGCGCCCAGUGUAGCCGGAAGCGGUUCCUCAGAGGUUAACCUCUUGCAUUACUACGAAGAACGAGCAGGAAACCUUGUCGUUGAUCCCGAGGAGGCGAAGUUGGAAUUCGGUGAAGCGGUGGCUUCAAGACUGAAAUUGACAAAGGAUGGGACGAAGGUUUUGUGGCCCCAACCAACCGAUUCGCCUUAUGACCCUCAGAACUGGAGCGACCGUCGAAAGACUCUUCAGCUGCUCAUCAUCACAUUAGCCGCGAUAGUGCCAGAUUUUGACUCAGGCAUUGGUAUUGCCUCUAUAUUCCAACUCGCGGCGCAGUUCAACACUACGCCGAAUAACAUCAAUAAUGUGACAUCAAACUGGAGCAUAUUCUUGUUGGGAUGGGGAGGAAUAUUCGCGGUAUUCCUAAUCAGACGUUGGGGUCGUCUGCCAGUUCUCUUCUGGUCCCAAGUGUUUGCCCUUGGCUUUCUCAUUGGUUGUACCUUUGCGCCUAAUCUACGAACUUUCACUGUCAUGCGAUGCUUAACCGCUGUAUUUGGCACUGCGCCCCAGGUUACGGGUCUAUACGUAGUCACAGAUCUAUAUCCGUUCCAUCUUCAAGCUCGCAAACUCAAUGUCUGGACGAUGGGCUUCAUUCUCAGUCCCUUCAUGUCUCCGUUCCUGUGUGGUUUUAUCAAUGCUCGAACUAUCUGGCGAUGGGCUUAUGGUCUUGGUUCUAUUUAUGGUGCCGUCGUAGUAGUUCUGAUCACCUUAUUCAUGGAAGAAACGAUGUAUGACCGUCAUAUCAGCCCCAUUCCCGAACCUGCAGCCCAGGGCGGUAUCCGUUACCGAUUCGAAUCUUUAGUCGGCAUCACCGGUUUCAAGAUGGCCAAAUACCGCACUUCGUGGAAAGAAGCGAUUUUCUCACCGUUCAAUAUCGUCUGGAGACCUCAUCUGCUUGGUAUCCUUCUGUUCGAGGCUAUGGUUUUCGGUUUUAGUAUCGGUAUCAAUGUCACGCAAGCAGUUUUCCUUGGUGAACCCAAACCAUUAGGCUUCCAGUGGUCACAACUCUCCAUCGCAGGAGGAUAUGCAACGCCUAUUGUCGCCGUAAUUAUAGGAGAGUUCGUCGGUCGGUACAACAACGAUUUCAUCAUGAAUACUAGCAUCAAGAGGAACAAAGGUGUAUUCAUUCCGGAAAGCAGGCUAUGGGCCUGUUACCUCGCCAUGCCACUCUACAUCUGUGGAUUCGUCACUCUAGGCGCCGCUUUCCAGAAACAUCUCAGCACUGGAGCGUUGAUCAUGGGAUGGGGGAUCGCUGAACUUGCUGUCAUGAUAAAUACGGUUGCCGUCUACGCGUAUUGUAACGACUGUUUCCCAAAGCAAGCGGGAGAAAUCAGCGCUCUCAUUAACCUGGCGCGUACACUAGGAGGCUUCAGUGUAGCUUAUUUCCAAGUUCCAUGGGCCAAUAAGAAUGGAGCGCUGCAGACGUUUGGCGUCGAAGCCGCGAUUGUCGUCGGCCUGUUCUUCUUGAUCGUACCUGCGCUGCAAAUCUAUGGACAGAAGCUAAGGGAACGGUUUUCGACUUGA